AUGAGAAAGCUUCUAUUUGUUCUACUAUUUUCUUUGGUUUUUUGUGUUUCUAAUUCUCUUCAAAAUAAAUUUGAGAAGUUUAAUGAUACUGAUUCUACUUUUGUUGAGAGUCUCUCUAACUAGGCAUUCAAUUUGUCUGAUGAGUCAGCACUUUUAUUGAACUUUUCAUCAGAAAAUAUUAAUUAUAACUCUUCUUCUCGCUAGUUAAAGAAAUUAAUUCACAUCUAACGCCAUGGGGCUCGUACUUCCGAGCGCGAAGGGAUGGAGUUGACUGAAAAAGGAAAAGAAUAACUUAGAAUUGUAGGACAAAAAAUCUUUGAGAAGUAUUCUAGUCAUGUAUAAAAUUCCAGUGAAUUUUUCUAAAACAUCUAAGUUUACUCAACAAACUACAAUCGUACAAUACAAAGCGCUAAAUUUUUUCUUUUGGGAUUAUAUGAAAGUCAGUUUAAACAUGAAGAGAAAGACUAAAAUUUUGAUGAAAUAUUUAUUGAUAACCUAAAAUCUUUAAUAUAAAUAUACAAAACAAACUAUAAUAGUGAUAUUCUUUUGAAUGGAUGGAGGUAAAAUGAGUGCAUUAAACAAAAAGAGCUAGUAAAAAUUCAAAUAAAUUCUCCCUUUUUUAAAUAAAUGUUCUCAUUCCUUUAUCCUAUCGUUUCUGAUAUAUCAGCCUUAACAAACACUUAAAUAAAUACAUUUUACGAUGCCUACCUUUUAUAUGAUGAAAUUAUUUCAUCUUAAAUAGAAGGCAAUAUCUCUGAACCUCUGUAAAUGGUCUUAGCCAAUUAAACUCUCUUUAAUACUCUUCGAUUUAUGAAUGACUUUUCAGCCAUUUAUACUUUCUAUGGUUCCCCUCUUCAAGUGAAAAUAACCACUUAAACCUUAAUGUUAAAAAUACUCGAAAUCUUCUCAUCUUCUCCUUAUUCUUUGCUAUCUCCUUCUUUAACUGUUUUUAGUGCUCAUGAUAUAACUUUAGAUGGAAUAUUUGCUGCUCUAAACCUAACAAAUCCUCGUUGUCUGAUAGAAAGCUACUAUUCAAACGAAUUUUCGCAUUUAGUUCUUGAAUACCCUUACCUCUAUACCCCGCUAGAAGUCUGCAUAUCUUCACCAUCUUUUGCUGCAAAUAUUCAAAUAGAGCUAUACGAUGACAAUUCUAUUUAGUUUGUCUAUAACAACAAAAUCUAUAAUAUUCCUUCUCUUUCCUCACUUGAAGAACUUAAUAAUUUUGUUUAAUCUUUCUACUUAGGUAUAGACUCAUAAUUCAGCUGUUCAAGUGAAAGCCAUAAAAACUUAAGACACCAUCAAGAAGAAAUAAAAUCAUAAUUGUGA